AUGGCAACUAGUAACAAGGAUUCAAAAACUGUUGAUGCAUUAAAUAAUCCUUUAUCUUCAAAUACAGCACAAAUAAGCUUGGAAUCAAAUCUAAAUUAUUUGUUAUUGAAAACAUUAAAAUUUAUUUGUCAUAGAAUGGGCUUAUUGAAAACAGGCCAGAAACAAGAAAUUGUAUUCAGAGUAUUAAAAGAAAAAAGAAGACAAACAAGUCUAAAAGUGUUAAUAAAUAAAAUUAAACUAUUUGAUAACAGAACACAACAUACAGUGAUCAAAGAAGAAAAAGAAGCAGAUGCUUACACAAAGUACAGCAUAGCAGGUCAGAGGCUAAUGCUUGGUUUUAUGUAG